AUGUUGUUGUCAGUGAAAUGUGUUUUGUUAGUAUUUUUUGCGCUCGUAAAUUUAGGUGAAUGUAAAAUAAAAAGAAAAUCCCGUUCGCCAAAAGAUGAGAUAGGAAAGAGUAGCUUGGCCUUCGUGUUUGAUGUGACUGGGUCAAUGCAAAAUGAUUUGAGACAACUCCGAGAAGGUGCUGAAAUGAUUUUAAAUACGGCGAUGAAGGAGAGCAAUGUUAUUGCAGAUUUUGUGUUCGUCCCGUUUCAUGAUCCAACUGUAGGUCCAGCAACCGUGACACGCAGUAAAAAAGUUUUUAAGCAAGCUUUAAGCUCAGUUCAUGUGUAUGGAGGAGGCGACUGCCCUGAGAAGUCCUUGACUGGUAUACAACUGGCGCUGAACGUCAGCCGCCCAAGGUCUUUUCUAUACGUGUUCACAGAUGCUACAGCAGGAGACCAUAGGACAGUUGCCAAAGUGCUGGAUGAGAUUCAGAAUAAGCAAAGUCAAGUUGUGUUCAUCCUGACUGGCCAUUGCAACGAUUUGGACAAGCCUUCGUACAAAGUGUACCAGCAAAUAGCAGCAGCCAGUUCUGGUCAAAUAUUUAACUUGAAGAAGGCCAGUGUACAUAAGAUGCUGGAGUUUGUAAAGAGUUCCAUCAAAGGCCGGACCGUCAACCUUGCGUCUACCACAAGUCCUGCUGGAUAUAACUUCACACAAGAGAUCCCAGUCGACAGUACGUUGGGAGAAGUGACCGUUUCUGUAUCGGGGGCGAAUCCUAGGAUCACCGUAGUAGACCCUAAGGGAGAGCAGCUGAAAGGCCCGCCUAAGUUAAUAACGACUUUGGACCUCUCCGAGAUAAUGGUGGUGAAAGUAAUGCAGCCAGAGAUGGGCAACUAUCUUAUAACAGUGGGUAGCUCUGAGGACUACUCCGUGAAGGUGGUCGGUUUGUCUAACUUAACGUUUAACCACGGGUUCGCCGUUUAUGCCCCAAAAUCUAUGCAGGAAACCAGCUACAGGCCUUUGAAGGGGGCAUACAACCACAUGAAGAUAUCACUGACUCAAACCAACGUGACGGUUGAUAUUCAGUACGCAGAGAUCCUCACGCUGGACGGCAGAACACUGUUCGAAGUUCCGUUAAAGGAAGUGGACAGUAUUAAGAAAGUGUACGCGGCCGAGCCAUUUAUACCUCCCGAUGAGUUUUUCUAUAUAGCUAUAAAUGGACGUGAUCAACACAACCAAGAGGUGAGGCGAUUAGGAACGACUGCCAUAAAGCCGAAGUCACCAGACGUUCCUCACUUAACAGCUCCGAAAAAGGUGGAGGCGCACUCGCACUCGCGGGUGGUGCUAACAUGUAACGUGGAGAGCUUGGUGCCCGUCUCCACAAUGUGGACAAAGGACAACUCCAUUGUGAGCCAAAAAACUACUAGUUUACGAACAACCUCCCUGGACUUGGUGAUCGAAGAUAUGAAAGAGGAACACGUCGGUACGUUCAGCUGCGUCGCACGGAACGUGGCGGGCAUCAGUAAAGCUAACACUGAACUUACCAUUAUAGUGGACGCUCCGCAAGUGACGAUAGAGCCUCACGACGCUACUGUGGAGGCGGGUGAUGACGUCACCAUCAUAUGCACCGUCUACAGUGAAGCUCUGCUCCUGGAGAACAAACUUCUCUUUAACGGAACUCGUACUCAUUAUGCAAUAGAUUUAAACAAGGAACCAAGCUUAGAAGGCCUGUACACAUACAGGAAAAAAUUACACGUGAGUGAAAAUGUAACAGGAAAGUACUCCUGUGUCGCUGCCAACAGAGGAGGUAAAAGAGAACAAUCGACACAUAUAAUAAUAAAGAGGAACACAACAGCUCAAAUAUUAGGCCCUCACACACUGUCGAAGCUGAUCCACUCAGACCUCCAACUGGUGUGUGCGGUGGAUAACACCAACUUGAUCGUGUGGCGAGCCCCUAACAACACUGCGGUCAGGAGUGUUGCUGUGAACGGGACUUAUAACGAUGUUCUUGAUGUUAGGAACGUGACCAGCGAUGGCACUUGGACUUGCACUGCUUUGAGGGGGUCGAUGAAAGGAUCAGAUUCCGUAAAAGUCACUGUAUUGAUAAAACCCGUGGUGAAAAUAGUUGGUAAUAAGAAUAUCACAGUGCUGAACGGCACUGUGGUAGAAGUGACCUGCCUCGUCGAGGCCAAACCUGCGCCCAGGAUUCUUUGGCAUCGGGAAACUGAGAUAUUCUUGAAGAACACUAUAACAGAAAUAAAACCGACCGUAUACCAAAGCGUGUUAACCCUCAACUCAAGUGCUGAGUCUGUCAAUGGCACGUACUUCUGUUUCGGGGAGAACACAGAAGGCAUUCACCACGACAGCAUCACUGUCAAUGUUAGACGGAAGAUGACACUAGUGAAACGGUUCACUGAUCAAAGCGUCCAACUAUAUUACCAAAUAGAACUACACUGCGUAGUUGACUCCUAUCCCCCUGGUGUCACUAACUGGUACCACAACGGCACAUCACUAGUAACGAAUGACAGCGUUCAAAUAUCUGAGGACAACACUACCGUGUCUUUGAUGAAAGUGGAUUUUAAUGACCUCGGAGAGUACAUUUGUGAGGUGGAGAAUGAGUAUGAGAAACUGGAGGUAAAAGGCACUGUAAGUGCGGCGGGAUUAGCGCGUCCAGUGUUAGAUAAAGAACCAGUGACUCUCUAUGCGAUUGAGGGAAGAUCUACUAUAAUCACAUGUAGGGUCCUCGAGGGUUCUCCAGAACCUACAAUAACUUGGCUACUGCCACGGCCUGAACUCAGGAUCAAUGGGUCUUUUGAAUUCUCGACACCAAUUAAAGAUGUAGAUGUAAAUUAUGAUAGAUAUGAAAUGUCUAUACCUGAAGUGACCGAAGAACAUGCAGGAGUCUACCGUUGUUGGGCUCACAAUGUGAUUGGUGAAGAUUUAUAUGGUGUUACUCUUUUUGUCCUAUAUCCGCCGAAACUUCUUAAUGACACGAAGGAAAGUGAAAAACCUCAAACAGUAAAAGUGGGAGAGAGAGUGAAGUUGUCGUGUGAAGCGAGUGGAGUACCUCCGCCAGUCACUGUGUGGACUAAAGGUGGACGACCAAUUAUGUUUAGUGACAAAUUAUCAGUAACAAAUAGUAGUGAGCUAGUGAUAGAAGCUGCAUCCGCAGAUGAAUCGGGCACUUACACGUGUAACGUGACCAAUACGGUAGGGUCUACUCACAAAAAUCUUACUUUGGUUGUCUAUGACCCACCAACGAUAUCGUCCUUACCCUCUCCAACACGCGAGGUGUUACAAGGCCAGCUGGUGGAACUGCCGUGUGACGCUCAAGGUUUGCCCACACCCUUGGUGCGCUGGACAUUGAAUAACAACCCGAUUGAUAAUAAGAAACAUGACGAUCAUUAUGGACUGAGGUUCGUAGCGAACCUGUCGGACUCGGGCGAGUAUACUUGCACAGCUACGAACGAACAUGGAAACGCUUCUGUGUCCUAUACUCUUCGUGUUGGUGACCCGCCGAAACUUCUAGAACCAACGAAAGAGUAUGAUGAGCCACGGAAAGUGAAACUAGGAGAGGCAGUGAAGUUAUCGUGUGAAGCGAGCGGAACUCCUCCGCCUAUCACUGUGUGGACUAAAGGUGGACAACCUAUCGUCUUUACUGACAAGUUAUCACUAACAAAUGGUAGUGAGCUGGAGAUAAAAGCAGCAUCCGCUGACGACUCGGGCACAUACACUUGCAACGUGACCAAUGCGGUGGGAUCUACCAACAAGAACUUUACUUUAGUUGUCUAUGCUCCACCAACAAUAUCGUCCGCGCCAACUUCUACCCGUGAGGUGUUACAAGGCCAGCUGGUGGAACUGCCGUGUGACGCACAAGGUCUGCCCACACCAAUAGUACACUGGACGCUGAAUAACAACCCGAUUGACAUUAAGAAAUAUGACGAUCAGUAUGGACUAAGAUUCAUAGCAAACGUGACGGACUCGGGCGAGUACAAGUGCACAGCGAUGAAUGAACACGGCGAUACUACAGUGUCUUACACGUUACAUGUUUGGGACCCUCCAAAAUUACUCAAUACUACAAAGGAUAAGCUUCAAACAGUGAAAAUGGGAGACGCAGUGAAGUUGUCUUGUGAAGCGAGCGGAACUCCUCCGCCCGUCACUGUAUGGACUAAAGAUGGCCGCUCUAUAGUUUUUACUGACAAAUUGCAUUUAACAACUCUUCGUUCAGUCACUACUAUUAGUGACUUGAUAAUAGAAUCAGUAUCUACAUACGACUCGGGGGAGUAUACUUGUAAUGUGUCCAAUGCUGUGGGAUCCACUCACAGGAACUUCAAUGUCACUGUCUAUGACCCGCCAAAGUUCCUUAGGGAUACGGAGGAAGAAAAGGAACCUCAACAAGUGAAGCUGGGACAGAGAGUGAAGUUGUCGUGUGAAGCGAGCGGAACUCCUCCGCCUGUCACUGUGUGGACUAGACAUGGACGACCUAUUGCCUUUACUGACAAAUUAUAUGUGCAAAAUAAUAGUGAGCUGGUGAUAGAGGCAGUAUCCGUAGAAUAUUCAGGCAUGUACACUUGCAACGUGACCAACGCGAUGGGAUCUAUUCACAGGAACUUCUCUUUUAUUUUCUAUGCUACCCGUGAGGUGUUACAAGGCCAGCUGGUAGAACUGCCGUGUGACGCACAAGGUAUACCCACACCUUUAGUGCGCUGGACAAUGAAUGGUACACAGAUUAGCAAAGAGAAAUAUGUCGAGGGGUAUGGACUGAGGUUCGUAGCGAACUUGACGGACUCGGGAGAGUACACUUGCACAGCUACUUAUAAAAAUGCAAAGACAACUGUUUUUCACAUACUCUAUGUUUUGGACCCGCCAACAUUUCUUAACACGACCAAGGAUGAGCCUCGAUCAGUGAAAGUGGGAGAGAGAGUGAAGUUGUCUUGUGAAGCGAGUGGAGUACCUCCGCCAGUCACUGUGUGGACCAAACACGGACGGCCAGUUGUCUUUACUGAUAAAUUAUCUGUAACUAACAACAGUGAUUUGGUGAUAGAAGCAGCGUCCGUGAACGACUCGGGUACAUACAUGUGUAGAGUGACCAGUUCGAUCGGAUCCAUUCAAAGAAAUUUCACAUUGUCCGUACUUGAUCCGCCGAAACUUUUAGAAUCCAUGAACGAUGAGCCACGGAAAGUGAAACCAGGAGAGAUAGUGAAGUUAUCGUGUGAAGCGAGCGGAACUCCUCCGCUCUUCACUGUGUGGACUAAAGGUGGACAACCUAUCGUCUUUACUGACAACUUAUAUCUUACGAACAGCAGUGAAUUGGUGAUAGACGCCGUAUCUCCAUCUAAUGCAGGCACGUACACUUGCAACGUCAUCAGUUAUGUGGGAUCCACCCAUAGGAACUUCACUUUGGAAGUGUAUGACCCACCAACAAUAGUAUCCCAGUCUAAUUCUCUACUCGAAGUGUUGGAAGGCCAGCUGGUAGAGCUGCCCUGUAACGCACGUGGGGUCCCCACUCCGAUUGUGGAAUGGACACAAAAUGGCGAGCCGAUAGGUCACGAAAAAUACGUUGAUGAAUAUGGAAUGAGGUUUGUGGCUAAUCUGACAGAUUUUGGCGAAUAUAUUUGCAAAGUUACCAAUAUACAUGGCAAUUCUUCGAUGUCCUACACACUACAUGUUUGGGUUCCACCAUACAUAAAACCACAUUCAACGGUUCUAAAGCAGGCCUUAGUGGGGUCGAAUGUGACCCUACAGUGUGACGUCAUCGGGUUUCCCCUACCAACAAUGCAAUGGAAAUUCAACGAAGAGUUGCUUGAAGCAAAUACCACCGAUGUGAGUUUCAACGACGUGGGUAACAUAUAUGUAACGAACACGCGGUUGGCGCACGAAGGGGUGUACGCGUGCGUGGCUCACAACCUCGGAGGGGUCGACGAACUCUCCAUGUAUCUUAAAGUUAACGAUCCGCCAAAGAUAAUGGAGGACAACUACACGGGGCCAUACGUGGCCACCGAUACCGACACAGUGCUGAGCGUCGCGUGCCGCGCUACGGGCAAACCUACACCUUAUUAUACGUGGGUUAAGGACGGGUUUUAUUUGAACAAUGAUGUCCGUUACUCAAUAGAAGUGGAUGGCACGUUGCACAUAAAGUCUCCGUCCGAGGACAUGAGCGGCAACUACACCUGCCUCGCGAAGAACAGCGUCGGGGUCGACAACAAGACUGUAGCUGUCGAAAUUUACUCGCUACCGCAACUCACGCAGUCGCAAGAGAAGUUAGCCACGGUGACUUUGGAGGAGGGAAGCGACGCGGAGGUCGAGUGUCCUGUGCGCGCCUCCUCACACUCACUCAAAUGGUAUAAGAACGCCAAACUAAUAUCGACAGGCAAUCUUCGCCUUAAUAACGUGUCUCGUGACAACGCGACAACUUACUUCUGCGUAGCAGCAAACGCAGUCGGUUCUGCUCACUCGAAAGUGCAACUAAUAGUAGAGUGGGCGCCAAGGUUCCUAGCGGAAGAGAACAGAGAGAUAGAGAGAGUGAGAGGUGACGACGCUUACUUACAUUGUGAAGUCGACGCGAAACCAAGCGCAAAGAUAAAAUGGUUGUUUAACUCGAAGCCUCUGGUCUUUGAAGACAAGAACUACCUGAAGCUAAUUAACGUGCAGCUCCGUCACGCCGGUACGUACAAGUGCAUCGUCAGUAACGUACGUGGCACUCUUGUCAAGGACUUUACGUUGAAGGUGUUAGAGCCACCUUUUAUAUCGGAUUUUGACAUGAUGGAUGUCCAGCUGAAGGAGGGAGACAACGCUACUCUGGAGUGCAACGCUAAAGGCACCCCUCCACCUAACGUUACAUGGACUUAUAAUAACCCACACUGGCACGUGGAGGGUACGUCCCUCUGGUCGGCCAACAUAUCAGACAUGUGGGCGGGGCUGUACCGCUGUGACGCGGUGAACAGCGCCGGCGCCACUCACCUGGUGUACCGCGUCACGGUCGUCAGUGCUGCGCGGGUGCAAGAAAUCGUGGCCUAUGUGCACAGGGAAGGGACCACUGUUGGGAAUACCUUGGAACUUGUCCACGGCUGUAACGUUAGGGUAGCAUGCAAGGCAUCAGGAAACCCCGUCCCUGAUAUACAGUGGGUGCGACAAGGCCGAGCUAUUAGCGAGAACAGAUACGACAUUGACUACGCAGACCUGACUCUUGCUGGAGUAGACUCCAGUCACAAAGGGCUUUACACUUGUGUCGCCAGCAACGAGGGGGGCAGUGAUGAUAGGAGAAUCACCUUGGAUGUAUUGGAACCCCCAAAAAUAUUCCAAUCAUUAUUCGAACCCACACAUUCUUCAGAAGUCCACCUCGAGGUUAUAUCCGGACAAUCAUACUACCUCCACUGCCAUCCGUACGGGAACCCCUUCCCAGAAGUCUACUGGUUCAGAGACGAUGUUCCUCUUAAACUGUUCGAUGACACGAUGGUGUCUACUGAAUUCGGUGAAGUUAUAGUGGUGAAGGAAGCUUCGGAAGAUCAGUCUGGCAACUAUACCUGUGUUGCCAGGAAUAAAGUCGGCAAUACCAGUGUUACUUAUCUGGUAGAUGUAUUGGUACCGCCGAUAUCACCGAAGGAUUCUUCUAGAAAGGUUGUAGCUACUUUCGGGAAGCAGUUGGUCCUAGAGUGUCCGUCUGUGGGCACUCGCCCUAACGUCAUGUGGAUCAAACACCCUUACACUGAGAUUAACGCCGACAAGAAGAUCUCGUUUGCAGAUGACAAUUUUACUAUGAUAAUCAACAAAACCAUAGUAUCCGACAGCGGUAAUUACUCCUGUAUACUAACUAACAAGGUUGGCACCACAGAAGUGAUGUUUGAGGUUGUUGUGCUAAAGCGGCCGUCGAUUGCCGGCAAUGUAGGCACCAAUAUAGUGGAGGGGCACGUUGUACCGUUGAGAAGGAGCAUUGUACUCAAAUGCGAAGUUGAUGGUCACCCGUUUCCACAGAUUACUUGGUUAAAGGACACCCAGAUGCUGAGCGACAGCGUGUCGAACAUCCAGCGCGUGCUGGGCAACAGUCUGCUGGCCAUCUGGAGCGUGGAGGCUCGCGACGCCGGACAGUACAUCUGCCUCGCGGAGAACAUGGCCGGCUCCGCGCACAGGAGAUACAACGUUGCUAUACAGGUGCCGGCGAAAUGGAGUGGCUGGUCAGCAUGGUCUUUUUGCAACGUCACCUGUGGGUUAGGAUACCAGACCAGAUCCAGGCUCUGUCAUUAUAUUGAUGAUCGCAACAACACCUACGAUAGCUCUUCUAACUCAGAGACUAUAGUUCUGGACGAGUCUGCGUGUAAAGGCCCCUCAGACGACAGGCGCAAAUGUCACAUGCCUCCUUGUCAAGAAGAUAGUUCGAAGCCCCGGUGGAGUCAGUGGUCGCACUGGUCGGAAUGUUCGGCCACCUGCGGCGCCGGCUCACAAGCCAGGACGAGGAAAUGCAAGACCAAGGCUAAAUGUGUAGGGGAUAACGUUCAAAUUAAAAAGUGUACAGAUUUGCCCCCGUGUAGUCCAGUAGCCAGUUCAGGUGACAGUGAUGUUUUCGACAGCUCCGAGGACAUCAGUAAUUCUAAUCCAUACAUACCAGACAUUACGUUUGAGUCAGAACCUGAAGUAGUAGACUCACAUUAUUCACCGGAUGUUGAAGAAUUUUAUAGUGCAUCAGGUGCUCAAUCACCAACUGCGUUCUUUGACGUAGAAGUGAAGGAAAACUUGGACGGUAGGGUACAGGGGCCCUGCGACCCGGGGUACAGCCACAACAUAUCUACUAACACCUGUGAUGAUGUCGACGAGUGUACGGUGGAGAGGAACCAGUGCCACUCGACGCAAGUGUGCAUGAACACGGCGGGCGGGUACCGCUGCACGUGUCCCGCGGGAUACCUGGCGCUCGCCGCGGGACAGAGACAUAAACGAGUGCACGCUGGAGUUGGACGGGUGCGAGUUCUCGUGCGUGAACACGGCGGGCGGCUACGUGUGUGCGUGCCCGCGCCACCUGCGCCUGCACCUCGACCGACACCGCUGCGUCACACGUACGUAGCUCUAGCGACACCGCUGCGUCACACGUACGUAGCUCUAGCGACACCGCUGCGUCACACGUACGUAGCUCUAGCGACACCGCUGCGUCACACCUCUAGCGACACCGCUGCGUCACACGUACGUAGCUCUAGCGACACCGCUGCGUCACACGUACGUAGCUCUACCGACACCGCACGUCACACGUACGUAGCUCUACCGACACCGCUGCGUCACACGUACGUAGCUCUACCGACACCGCUGCGUCACACGUACGUAGCUCUACCGACACCGCUGCGUCACACGUACGUAGCUCUACCGACACCGCUGCGUCACACGUACGUAGCUCUACCGACACCGCUGCGUCACACGUACGUAGCUCUACCGACACCGCUGCGUCACACGUACGUAGCUCUACCGACACCGCUGCGUCACACGUACGUAGCUCUACCGACACCGCUGCGUCACACGUACGUAGCCUCUACCGACACCGCUGCGUCACACGUACGUAGCUCUACCGACACCGCUGCGUCACACGUACGUAGCUCUACCGACACCGCUGCGUCACACGUACGUAGCUCUACCGACACCGCUGCGUCACACGUACGUAGCUCUACCGACACCGCUGCGUCACACGUACGUAGCUCUACCGACACCGCUGCGUCACACCUCUACCGACACCGCUGCGUCACACGUUACGUAGCUCUACCGACACCGCUGCGUCACACGUACGGUAGCUCUACCGACCACCCGCUGCGUCACACGUACGUAGCUCUACCGACACCGCUGCGUCACACGUACGUAGCUCUACCGAUACCGCUGCGUCAAACGUACGUAGCUCUAGUGACACCGCUGCGUCACACGUACGUAGCUCGACCGACACCGCUGCGUCACACGUACGUAGCUCUACCGACACCGCUGCGUCACACGUACGUAGCUCUACCGACACCGCUGCGUCACACGUACGUAGCUCUACCGACACCGCUGCGUCACACGUACGUAGCUCUACCGACACCGCUGCGUCACACGUACGUAGCUCUACCGACACCGCUGCGUCACACGUACGUAGCUCUACCGACACCGCUGCGUCACACGUACGUAGCUCGACCGACACCGCUGCGUCACACGUACGUAGCUCUACCGACACCGCUGCGUCACACGUACGUAGCUCUACCGACACCGCUGCGUCACACGUACGUAGCUCUACCGACACCGCUGCGUCACACGUACGUAGCUCUACCGACACCGCUGCGUCACACGUACGUAGCUCUACCGACACCGCUGCGUCACACGUACGUAGCUCUACCGACACCGCUGCGUCACACGUACGUAGCUCUGCCGACACCGCUGCGUCACACGUACGUAGCUCUACCGACACCGCUGCGUCACACUUACGUAGCUCUACCGACACCGCUGCGUCACACGUACGUAGCUCUACCGACACCGCUGCGUCACACGUACGUAGCUCUACCGACGCUGGCCGUGCUGGGACCUGACGACCGGCCAGGCCGCAACAGGCCGAAGUGUCGAACGCGGUCGCCGUGA